AUGGUAAUGAACUUCUUGAUUAUCAAUUUUUUAGAUAUAGUGCUUAUAAAAAACUGAAAAAGUGUUGAAAAUAGAUUCAAAUUUGUUUUUUAACUUAUUACAUAAAUUAUAUGCUAUAAAUCCAGGAAGAGUUAGGAAUUUACUUAUAUUUAUUAAUCAAACGAAAUUAAUCCUAUUCAAUUAUAGACAUAUCUUUUACUGUAAUUAUCCAAACUCAGUCUGGCUAAGUCAAAGAUAAAAGGUCAAUAAAAUGAUAAAGGAUUUGACUAUCAGGCUUCCAAAAAGCAGAUUAAAAAUCUUUAAAAAUCAUUUACAAAGGAAUUGUGAUUGA